AUGAUUGCCAGCAAGAUUGCUGGCAUCAAGGGAAAAACUGAAUAUUCUGCUCAAUUUCUGCAUCAAACAGAACACAAAUUCAUUACACAAGAGAGGCAUACCCGAGAAGAUGUGUCUGAUGAGUUAAAGAGGAGAGCAGAAGGGGAAGAGGGGUGGAAUGUUUAUAGGAGGAGGAGAGGACAGAAAGAAGGAGCUGGAAGAGUUUGGUUGGGAAGUUGA